ACUAUUUUGCGGCUUUACGCACGCACCAACUUCGAAGCUCCACUUCGAUAUCAAUACAGUUUGGAUAGUUAAUACAAACAAUGGCCUACAUGAUAAGAAAUGACGUUUUCUCCUGUUUUGCUUUCUACGCGGUGCUUCUUGUGAUAAAAAUGUACAUUUUAGCUAUAAUAACGGGACAAGUAAGGCUGCGUAAAAAGGCUUUUGCCAACCCUGAGGACGCGCUGAGACACGGAGGUUUACAGUUUCAUAGAGAGGAUCCAUAUGUCGAAAGAUGCCGGAGAGCUCAUAUUAACGACAUGGAGAACAUCCUGCCCUUCCUCUUCCUGGGAGCUAUCUAUUCCAUGAUUGGACCUUCACUGCCUGUGGCCCGGCUUCACUUCCUGGUCUUCUUCAUGGCUCGCAUUCUGCACAGCAUUGCCUACCUGUUUGCCCUGCAAGCACCAACACGCUCACUGGCCUACACCAUCGCACAGAUACCUUGUGUCUCUAUGGCUGUGCAGACCCUAAUGGCAGUCACAGCUUAUGCCUAAAUAUCCAGAAAUCAGGGACUGAAUUAGAGGUGGUAUUUCUUGCUUGAAGGAUGGCGAUAAGGAUCUGUAACCUGAAAAAGCAGGAGGAGGAUACCGGAGAGGCCUCCUGGCAUGGAGAACAUAAAAGACAAGUAUGUCAGUGACAGUGCAAUAUAAGGCGUGUUAUUACACGACAGCUGGGUUUUGUGAGUCAGUUUUCUUCUUGUUUUAUUUACAACGUUGAACUGUGAGAAUGUCUUAAAAGUUAUUUGAAGUUGGCAUCUUGUACUGUUUUAAAAAAAUGCCAAUGAAGGUAGUUGCUCGUUUUUGUCUUUUUAACCAGGAUUUGUUGAAAUGACCUGAUAAAAUUUAAAAGUCACAUACAGACAGUUGUAGACCUUUCGUUAAGCCACAUUGGAAGAUUUUCCAGCACUGCACUGUAUGUUCAUCCCUGCCCCUUUUGUGUUUACACACAAAAAAGACCACCCUUCAUGUGGUGUUGUGUGCUCCGUGGCUUCAUCUGCUUCAUAUGUGGAUAUUCCAUCUGUUAUAUUAACAUUUGUUUGCGUGCUACGUUCAACAAAAGCAUAAUGGAUCCUGGCAUGAUGACUUAUAAUUUGUGAGAGAUUUUAUACCACUUGAUGCUUUUAGGAUGAAGAAAAGUAAUCCUAAAACUUAGUUUGGACUGGGAAUAAAUCUCGCAGCAACCUGUGAAAGAGGUCUUCUGAUAUGUAAAAUUUAAAUUGUAUCUGUGAAAACAUAUUUUUGAGGCUGUGUUAUAAUGGCAUAUAUAAUAAUUUAUUAUUCAAUUUAACGUAUACAGUGAUAUUUUUGAGUCCCUAGAUACAUUUUUGUAGGCAAUAAAAUAGUACAUGAAUACUUGAA